AUACGGCUACACACACGGACUGCGCUGAGGAGUCCAUGAAGUGCAUAGCAGAAAAAAAUCAAAUCGUCAUGCCAACCAAGUGUCAUGCAAGGACGAGGGAAAAGUUUCCUGGAAAGAAAAAGGUUAACAACUUCUCAAAUGAGUAAUGUAUCCGAAAUGCUUAAAAGCCUGCUCUUUUCUUUAAUUCCAAAAGUGUGAAUAAUUGUUGUGGCACCUCGGAUAAAGGCAAUCGACCUUGGAUAAGCAAACGCCGCCAGUUUCACUUCAAUAAGAGAAAACACCUGCUAAGUCCUGCUGCACAAACGCGCAGCUUUUUUGUUCUUCAGCACGAAUACAGACCAUUUUUUCUUCGCGCUUUUUUAUUGAUGAUGGUGUAACAGGCGGAUUUAUUGCGCCACGGAGACAAAACCCAAUUUUGAAAUAAAUCGAGGCAUAUUUCGGUGUCACCUUCCUUUUUCUUGGCUUUUUUUUUAUUAAAGGAAGUGCGAUGCUGUGAAGAUAUGGUCUUUUGCUUUACCACCAGCAGAGUUACGGGUUCGAGUACAUGCGUCUGGACGUCUGCGACCGUACAAGCGACACGGUUCGGCUGAGACGGCUUUACGCUUCCUUUCCAAAAAAUAUAUUUGAUUAUUAUUUUUUGACGGGAAAAUGCCAGCGUAUUAGCUCGGUUCGGUCCAUUUCUUCGAUCUCUCCUCGGCACUGGGCGCUUGGCGAGGAGAGAUGUGAAGGGCUUUAAAGUAUGGCAUGCAAACAUGGUUUCUGCCAAGAAGGCGACGGUGAUCGCGAUGUCCCCGACUUGCAUUUCCACUCUCUUUUACUUUCUCUGCGCAAUUGCGUGUGUGAGGAGAAUCUCCUGCCAGAUAAAAAAGGAUGAGAGAUUAUACCCGGAAAAUUUCACACGCAUUUUAGACCGACUUCUGGAUGGUUAUGACAACAGGCUGCGACCCGGAUUUGGGGGCCCAGUGACAGAGGUAAAAACUGACAUUUAUGUGACAAGCUUUGGUCCUGUGUCCGAUGUCGAAAUGGAGUAUACGAUGGAUGUUUUCUUUCGCCAGACAUGGGUGGACAGGCGACUUAGAUACGAUGGCCCUGUCGAGAUUCUCCGCCUGAACAACCUGAUGGUCACUAAGGUCUGGACCCCCGACACCUUUUUCAGGAACGGGAAGAGAUCCGUGGCCCACAACAUGACCGCACCCAACAAACUCUUCCGAAUCAUGAGGAACGGCACCAUUCUGUACACCAUGAGACUGACCAUCAGCGCAGAGUGCCCCAUGAGACUGGUGGACUUCCCCAUGGAUGGACACGCCUGCCCCCUUAAGUUUGGAAGCUAUGCAUACCCUAAAACAGAGAUGAUCUACACCUGGACAAAAGGGCCGCAGCAUUCGGUGGAGGUGCCUCCGGAGUCGUCCAGCCUGGUGCAGUACGACCUGAUUGGACAGACGGUGUCCAGUGAAACGGUGAAAUCGAUCACAGGUGAAUAUGUGGUGAUGACCGUAUACUUUCACCUGAAGCGGAAAAUGGGCUAUUUCAUGAUCCAGACGUACAUCCCUUGCAUCAUGACAGUAAUACUCUCACAAGUGUCCUUCUGGAUAAACAAAGAAUCCGUCCCAGCCAGAACCGUCUUCGGGAUCACGACCGUGCUGACCAUGACCACGCUAAGCAUCAGCGCCCGCCACUCAUUGCCCAAGGUCUCCUACGCCACCGCCAUGGACUGGUUCAUCGCCGUCUGCUUUGCCUUCGUCUUCUCCGCCCUCAUCGAGUUCGCCGCCGUCAACUACUUCACCAACGCGGAAGCGGAGAGGACGAAAAAGAAGCCAGCCAAGUGUCCGGCGGCACCCAAAUCGGCGUCGGCGAAGGUCCCCGACACGGAGGAGGUGCUGCUGCAGCAGAAUCCAGACACGAACGGAAACCUGCGCAAACGGAUGAACUUCGUGACCCAGACGUGCGUGAACAGCAGCCCGAGAACUGACCCCGGCGGCGGGAAUUCUGGGGGGAGCACCGGCUCCUCGGGGGUGGGACAGGCGUCACUGGGAACCACGACGGCCACGGCGUCCGCCGCACCCCCCCCUGGCGCCCAGUCACACACCAGCCCGAAUCCUUUCAGCCAAUCCACACUGACCGCCAAGAACACGCCUCCGGCCCCGCCCUCCACCCCGACUCUCAUUGGCUGUGCCGCUACCAAUGUUUAUGUCAGCUCCUCCUCCCUCCAGACCCUGCUGGGGCCCAAGCUUGAGCACAUCCAGACGACAGGAAACAAAGCGGACCUAAUACAGGCCCCACCCCCACCUGCAUCAGGAUCUAGUGGGACCAGCAAAAUUGACAAGUACGCUCGCAUUCUUUUCCCAGUGUCCUUUGGGGCUUUUAACAUGGUCUACUGGGUGGUCUACCUAUCAAAGGACACUAUGGAGCCCAGAAACGGCUAGUCUUUGCCUGGCACCCAUAUCCUUUAUUUUUUUCUAUCACAUAAGGCAAACUUUAAAAGAAGAAGACUAAUUUCAAGUGGCUUAUGUAUUCUAGUUUGUGAGUACUAUUAGACAUUUCUUAACAUUGAAAGUAAAGAAUGCUUAAAAAAAUAGAUGAACCAAAAAAAAAAGACCUACAACAUCCAUCCAUAUGUUGUCAAAAUGUCAUUGAAAAUGAGCAUGUAAAAGAAAAUAAUUCCCGAGACUGGAAUUGUAUUAAUUACUGUAGGCUCUAUGUUCUCAAUGGAUGUAGUUGGGUGUAAGUGUGAAAAUACUCAAUUUAAUCCAGCAAUAUUCCUUAAUAUUCCUUUUUGGGGUGUAAGGCAGGGUGGUUGGCAUUUUAAUAUGGGGGAAAAAACAUGGAGAAGUAUGUUAAUUUAGCAGAAAUGUAUUUCUAAGAAAAUAAACAUCAAUUGAUAUGUAUUUAUACUGUA